AUGGCAAAACCAUCGGAUGAGAAACGUCUUACCAUUCCAUGGAUAUCACUUACAGAUGAUCCCCUUGCCUUUAAUUUCCUACUUAGAUGGACUACCUUCCGUCACCAUGUAGAGGUGUUCGUCCAUGAUCUGAAUGUACGUUUGCUCGUAGCCUUUCCAGGUAAUGUUCUGCCGGGAAAAAAAAUCCUUUAUAGUGCGCUUUUCAUUCCUUACGGUCAAAAGCCUCUUCAGCCUCCUCUAGUUGGCUCCAUGGAUCCUCGAAAUUUUGUUCCACCACCACCAAUGCCUGUUCAAUUCCGACCAGUUGUUCCAGUGCAGCCACAACAAUUCCUUCCUGUGAGUUCUCCACGCUUUCAGCCUAUUGGACGAGGUGUCACUGUGAUGAAUGCGGGAUUGCCUCCUCAAACCCCACAACCUCAAUUUCCUCAUUCAAUGCGGCAGUUACCAGCUAGACCUAACCAGCCAAACCAUGGUCCACCACCACCACAGGCAAUGCCAUUGCCAAAUGCUCAGCCAAACAGGCAUGUCAUGUCUGGAUCUCCACUGCCUCCACCUAAUAUUCAAACUCCAAACAACUACAUGCCUGGUUUAGGCGGCCCAGGAGUGCCUCUGUCUUCAUCGUAUACUUUUGCACCGUCUUCAUCUGGUCAACCACCUGUAACCUUUAACACUGUAACUCAAUAUCAGCCUAUGCCUCAAAUGCAUGCACUGGCUAUUCCCACUGGAGGACAGCCUGCAUUAUCAUCCAUGAACCAGAACACUGCACCUGUUAUGCCCAUACAGCACAAUGGCGAACAGUCUUAA